UCACAAAAACUCUCUAAAAAAUACAAGCAUUUUAUAAAAACUUGAUGGAUUCUCCUAGUUCUUCCUCCAUGCUAAACUAUUGCUACCACGAGUUUUUUUGCGGAUGGCGAUGGUUCAACCGAUGAGGAGGUUGAGCAAGAGGCGGUUAUGGGUGCUUGUAAACUAGCGAUGAGAUAUGCCGAGCAUUGUCGUCGCCCCCAAGCCAAAAAAGGUAAAAGAGGUUAUAUUGAACGAGACCGACGCGGGGCACACGAUCGUUUGAUGAAAGAUUAUUUUGAUGAGGAGCCGACAUAUUCGAACGAAAUGUUUAGACGUCGUUUCCGAAUGAGUAAGCGGUUAUUUCUACGUAUAGUCCACGACUUGGAAGCCAACUACGAUUUUUUUAAACAAAAAGCGGAUGCGAGAGGGGAACUUGGAUUUACCGGUAUCCAAAAGUGUACCUCGGCGUUACGAAUCCUUGCUUAUGGAAACACUACCGACAUCAAUGACGAGUAUCUAAAAAUGGGGGAGAAAACAACGAGAGAUAGCUUGGAGCAUUUUUGUCGCGGUAUAAUUGAUGUGUACGGUGCGCGUUAUCUUAGAACGCCCACAUGGGACGACCUUCAAAAGAUCUACGAGGUACAUAAUGCUCAGCAUGGUUUGCCUGAGGAGUGGAUUUCUGGCAAAGCUCCUAAAGUGUCGUUUUACGCAAAUGGAAACUACUACCCUCAUGGGUAUUAUUUGAGCGACGGAAUAUAUCCUAGGUAUUCGAUUUUCGUGAAGACGUAUAGUGAUCCUAUUGAUGAAAAAAGAGCAUAUUUUAAAAAGGUUGAUGGAAUACUGCUGGAAAUGGAUUUAGGAUUCUAG